GCCAGCAGUUGUCUGUUUAUGCACCAAAUAGGUACAGCACAGGCAGGCUUUUCCCACCCUCUUGGUCUCCAUCCUCCAGCGCUCCUGCACUACGUGCCCUGUCCCCCACAGCUUUACCCUCGCUGGGAGCUCCAGCCCUGAGCCAGAGGGCUCACAGUGAGGGGACCGCUGCAGGUGAAGGUGGGGAGCUGAGGCUUCCUACCGCCAUCGGCUUGUGUUGCAUGUUAAUUGCAAAUAACCCUUCCGGCGUCAGCAGUUUGGGGGAAUAAUUGACAGGAGGUGCCGGCGAGGUGCUGAGUCAGAGCGAGGUGUGCUUGCCAAGUCACUGCAGCAGGAGUCCGAUCGCCUCGUGUGGAAGGAAGCCAAUGGACGGUCUGGUGUGUCCUCUGGAGGUGUCAGUCAGUUCAGGGAGUAUCCAGGUUGCCCGAGGCCAGACAGCAGUGUUGCCCUGCACCUUCACCACUAACGCUGCCCUCACUAACCUUAAUGUCAUCUGGAUGGUCAUUCCUCUUUCUAAUGCCAACCAGCCUCAACAGGUUAUUCUCUACCAAGGGGGUCAGAUCUUUGGAGGUGCACCCCAGUUCUAUGGGCGAGUGGGGUUUGCUGUGACAAUGCCAACCACCAGUGCCUCCAUCUUCAUCAACAACACUCAGCUAUCGGAUACUGGCACAUACCAGUGUUUGGUCAACAAUCUUCCCGACCGAGGCGUCAGAAAUAUUGGAGUCAUUGGACUUACUGUCUUGGUUCCUCCUUCUGCCCCGCUUUGCAGAAUCCAGGGAUCCCUGGACGUGGGCAGCGAUAUCACACUGACUUGCAGCUCGGAAGAAGGCAUCCCCCGGCCAACAUACCUCUGGGAGAAACUGGACAAUGUCCCCAAGUUGCCCCCAACUGCCACACAAGACCAAGUCCAGGGCACUGUCACUCUCCGAAAUAUCAGCACUGUGUCCUCAGGUCUUUACCAAUGUGUGGCUUCAAAUGCCAUUGGAACCAGCACUUGCCUUCUGGACCUGCAAGUCAUUGCACCCCACCCACGGAGCAUUGGCCUGAUUGCAGGAGCAGUGGCUACAGGUGCUGUUGCACUCGUUGUUUGCAUUGUUUUGGUGGCUGUCGCACUGUUCUACUGGAAAAAUAAACACAAAGAAGAAGAAGAGGAGGAAAUUCCCAAUGAGAUAAGGGAGGAUGACCUGCCACCUAAAUGCUCCUCUGCCACAAAGACGUUCCACGCUGAUGCGUCCUCAUCAGAGAACGACACCCUCACCUCCUCCAACACCUACAACAGCCGCUUCUGGAAUGACCCCAAAGCCAACCAUGCCACAGACUCCUUCACCCGCUUCAGCAACAGCAAUGAUGCUCACCAGCCUCCCUUCUCCCGCUCAGGGAGCACGAGUGCCCGCCCCGUCUAUGCCAAUGGCGGCCACCCAUCCCCGGCUCCCCCUAAGACAUUGGUGGUGACGGCCAGCACGGCGCCGUCACCUCAGGAGGUGAUCCGGAGCAAUGGCUCAGUCAGCAGGAAACCACGGCUGCCACACACCCGUUCCUAUGCAGUCAGCCAGGCCACGCUGGAGCGGAUUGGGGCCGUCCCCGUCAUGGUGCCCGCCCAGAGCCGGGCUGGCUCCCUGGUGUAGGACCUUGCUUGCGGCUGAGAGCUGGGCAAGGAGUCUCUCAUCCCCAGUGGGGUGUAGAGACUCUACUCCUCCUGAAAGGCAUCAAGAUGGCAGGGUUCACACACUUACCUCUACCUGCCCUCCCCCCUCGAGGCUGCUUCCAUCUGGUGGGACAGCCCUGUCCGAGCCCCUUUCCCUCCAGCUGCUGGAGCUCCUUGUGCCAAUGGACACCACAGAUGUGCCAAGGCCAGAGGGGCACAGAGGUCGGGACGUGCUUCUGGGCUGCUGGGCCCCAGCUGGGAUGUGUACUUGGGCCUGAUCUUGGGGGGAACUUUUGCUUUUAUUUUCUGUUUGUUUUGCUGGAGACUGAUUCCAUCCAUUUGGGUUUUUCAGGGAGGCAUGGGAUAUAUAUAUAUAUAUAAUUUUUUUUCUGUUGUUACUGUUUUGUUUCCAAGAGGAUGAUGACCUGUGUAGGGGCAGGGAAGUCAGAGCAGCCCCAGCUUCCCAUGGCCCUGGCUCCACUGUCAGAUUAGGGAGUACUGAGCACUGGGGCCAGGCGUGGGGAGGCAUGGGACAGGGUGGAGGGGUGAGAUGAAGGCACAGCCACCAGCCCAGGCAAGGAAAUUAUUGGGUGAAGGUGCCGGGCCGGGAAACAUUUGUCUCUAUUUUUUGCAGUUCUUCCCCCCACCUCAGCACACACAGACACACACAGGCAUACACACAGACACAUGCAGAUCCUCAGAGUGGAUGUUUCUCCUGCACUAGGUUGGAGUGCCACCAGAGUCCUAUUUAUAGGAUGCAGCCAUCUGAACAUCUUUCCCUGAGACACUUGGUGCAGAGCGAGGCUGCACUGCUGCUGCUGCUGUUGUUGUUGCUGCUGCUGCUGCUCUAGGGCUUGGAUCUUUUUCUUUCCUUUUCUUGGGGUGUUGCUGGGGUAAUUCAGGAGGCAAAAGGGAGCAGGGGUGUGUGGUGGAGCACCAGGCAGGUUCAUGAUGUAUCUGUUGCCCCUGGGCUGUUCUGAUUUAGGGCAAUUGAUUUCAAACCCCACAGCUUUGAUGUUUGCAUGGUGGAUUUUAUUCAUCAGGCUAUGCAGGGCUGGGCAGCAUGGCAGGGCACAUCUGCCUGGGGCCUUCACAGACAGGCAUCAGAGAUUUCAUUCCUGCUCUCCCACAUGCACAGACAUGUUGGCACGAUUUGUUUCCUGCUUUAGAAGGCAGAGGCUUAAUGGAAGCCCACACACUAUCUCUCUGCCUCUCCCAAUCCCCUCUACAUCCUAGGACUGGGUACUGGUGGCAUCUGCCAGUGGCCCUGCCAUCUCCUUGCAGCCUGGCAGGUGGUUUUGGCUGGCAUCUCUACUUUUUUCUAUUGCAACUAAAUAGCCUUAAUCAAAGCCAAGAGUUGAAACCUCUGAAGGAACCUGAUAGCAUUUGGAGGGUUUGACUAAGGACUGGGAUUUCCCUUCCUAGAGAGCACUGUUUCAAAGGGGCCAUGCCUGGAUAGGUGUUUUGGCAUAACACCAAACUUUACACAGGCAAAGGCGGUGAUUUCCUCAAAAAGCACCAGAGCCCUUCCAGGUCUGCUCUUGGAAAGGCAAUGUGGGGAGUCACAGGUGGCUUUCCAUAGUUCUCACUUUGAAAAAGGGGUCUGUUUAAACCAACAGACUCUUUCUCAUCCCCAGUUUCCUUGUCCCGGCACGGCUUUACUUUCCCUAGCAGUGGCCUUGUGCAGGGCCUUCUACCUAAAUAAUACAAAUGCAAGCACAGAUUCUGAGGAAAAGGAAGAGGAGGAGAGGUGAGGGCUGGGUUCCCAUGUGGACACACUGGCUUUUUGGGAGACUGGGAGCUCCCAAGCAAAACUAGGCUUGAAGCUUGGCUGAGAUUUUGUGCCUUCUUUUCUUAAAAUAAAAUAAAAAAAACCAAAAAACAAGCAAGAAAAAAUAAAAUAAAAUAAAAAGGAGAUGAAAAAUCUAAUUUCCCUUCUUUCUCCCUCUACAGCACUGCAUCCAGAAUGUGUGCAAAUCCCCCUGGUGGUGCAGGCAGGCGGUUGCUCUGUGUGUGUACACAUUUCACUGGAGCAGUCCUGUUUCCUGCUGGUCUGCUCACUUUGCUGCUGGGUGGUAGGAUUGAGGGGGGAAGAAGAGUGGCUUUAGAAACCCUAAUGUGGUAAGGAAAAAACCCAACACAAUCAAAGAAAAGCCCAGACACAUUCUCUCUGCUUUUGUAACUACGCCUGUGUGACAUUUUCAGGAGCACUGCCCUCCGCAGGUGCCCUCCUUAACUGGAAAAGCUCCUCUGGUUCCUACCCUCCAUAAGACUGUUUG